AUGCCCUCCCACGAGAAGACCGACCUGUAUCUGUUUCACGAUCUCUGCUGGCAUCGUCUUUGGCAACACUUCAGCCCCGAGGAAGUCCCUCUGAUCUGUCUCUACGAGGCCUUAGAAUGUUUACCAUUUCCCGUGGGAGGCCGUCUAUGGCCCGCGAGAGAAUUACCAACCAGCCCAGAGUGUCUGCCAUGGUACCAUCCCCACGAACACGACCGUACCGUCCGCAAUGGCCAUUUCGGCCUCCCCUCCCUUGACGAGCUCAUGCGGUUUGCAAAAAACCCCCCUACGCCAUUAGCCACGACCACAAACCAACCGACCCUCCCACCUCCCCGAAUGAAUCAUCGCCAACGACUCCCGCUGGAAAUCAUCGAAAUGAUCGGAACACUCCUGCCGACCCGAGACAUGCUCCAUCUCCGCCAGGCAUCCCGUGCCGCCACGCCCCUCUUCUCCAGCCUUCCCUUCUGGCGAUCUCGAUUCACCAUCAACGGAGACCGCGGAUUCCUCCUCCCCGUGAUCGAGCAACUCACCCCACCCCGCCGCCAAUCCCUUGACUGGAGACUCCUCUACCACAGCACCUGCAAACUCACCUGCAGCAGAUGGUUCCAAUUCGAGAUUCACGCCUGGGAAGCCCUGCGCUGGCUCCGCGACACCGCAGUAGCCAUCCACCGAGGCCGAACCCCCCCGCUCGCCUUCCGCGGCAACGCCCUCCACCAUUACCACCACACCACCUACCGCGACAUGCAUCUCGAAUCCGUCAACCUCGGCCCAUCGCUCCGCCAAAUCGCCAUCUCCGUGCUCCAAGACAUCGGCGAAGUCUAUAUCACGGGCAUGGAAUUCAUCUUCGAUGAUCGUCCCCCGGCCAUGCUGGGGUAUACCACCCCCGGCGCGAAACCCGCAACAGUGGAUACGUACGCGAACGGGUACGAUGCGCAGGCCGAUUGGCCCUACCCCGGGAUUCGAGUCGUAUGGGAGAUUCGUACGCGGUUGCGGGGAAUCGCGGUACAUCGGGGGUUGGAUUGUGUGCGGGGGGUGAGUAUCAUCCAGGAUGGGAUGCCGGGGCGGGAACAGGAUUAUGUUUACUCGGUUGGAUGUUUUGUUCGGGUGACGGUUCGGGAAGCGGAGUGGUUUUUGGCCCUCGAGGAGGUGAGGCGGGUGGUUGCGGUGUUUGAUAGCCGGAAGAUGAUUGAUAUUGGGGUUUUGGGCGUGGGAAGGAGGCGGGUUGAGGAACAGACUCGUGAGAAAUGGGAGAGGCUUAUUCAUGUCUUUAGGAGGAAUGGUACUGUACCUGCUAGUCUUGAAUUCAGAUGA